AACGAAGUCUCACUUCUCUAAUUUUCAGCACAAACAACGAACGUACUUGUGAUUCGGAAAUACAUAUUCGAAAUUGUUGGGUUUUCAAGCAAAAUGGCGUUCUUAGUGCGUAAUAUACGUAAAUGUGUGAGUCUAAACAACCUGAGCAGUGUUUCCAUAGUCCAGUCAGCGUCUUAUCAUGCUAACGUUAUCGAGCAUUACGAGAACCCUAGGAACGUAGGUUCUCUGGACAAGAAGGAUAAGAAUGUAGGCACAGGUUUGGUGGGCGCGCCCGCUUGCGGUGAUGUCAUGAAGCUGCAGAUCAAAGUAGAUGAAAAUGGAAAGAUCAUUGAUGCUAAGUUCAAGACGUUUGGAUGUGGCUCUGCUAUUGCAUCAAGCUCCCUUGCUACUGAGUGGGUUAAAGGGAAGACAGUUGACGAAGCGCUCAAGUUGAAGAACACAGACAUUGCUAAAGAACUAUCUUUGCCGCCUGUCAAGCUACAUUGUUCUAUGCUUGCCGAAGACGCUAUCAAAGCAGCUCUUUCAGACUACAGGAUCAAACAGCAAGACAAGAAGUAAACUGGACUGAUUGGCUAUGGAACAGAUCUGUGAUUGACUAAUAAAAAGUAGGGAAUGUAAAUAGAGCUACAUAGUGGCGAUUUUGAUGCUGAAAUGUAAUGUUCACAGAAAUAGUAACAACAAUAAAAUGCAAACUUUAAAUUAAAAUAUUUUUGUUUAUCAUGUUAUAGAGUAGACAAGUUGAUGUUUUAGAACUACUCAAUGAUAUUACAGUAAAAAUUGCUUCAUAAAAAACCCUUUUUGUUAUGGGUAGUGUAGAUGAAGUUUUAAAUAAAGUGUUACAUUUAACAACUUGUUUUAUUU